AUGUUUGUGGGUGCCACAGGUAUGUGCCGAUUUGCCACUGCCAACGCCACCGGGACGCUGAUGCUUCUCGUACCUCUUGCAGUUCCUCACCAGCCCUCGUCCGCAGUCGUCGUCGUCUCCUGCACCGCGUUGCUGCUGAUGCUGCUGUUGGACCUGAUCCCCGGCGCGUCAGCUCUGACCUGCGAGGCUGUCUGCUACCGCAGCAGCAGAAGCGUGAAUGAAUACGGCACGUGCAUGAAGGAAUGCGGAAAGAAGAAAAAUGUCGUCGUCUCCGGCGCUGCCUCUGCCGCUGCUGCCGCCGCCGCCGUUGCACUGCCAUUCCGGAACAAAAGUAUGAUUGAACUGUGUUGUGUAACCACUUUGCAGUUACCCUUUGCUUUCCUCGGUUAA